AUGCAAAAAAAAAAAGAAGAAAAUUCCCAACCAGAAAAUACCUGUGGGUACUGUGGGCGCACUUAUGCCAGACUUAGCACGUUAAGGACUCAUUUGAGAACUCAUUCAGGAGAUAGACCCUUCAAGUGUCACUAUUGUAAUAAAGCAUUUUGCCAAGCAGCUAAUUUAGUAGCUCACGCCCGCAUUCACAGCGGUGAAAAGCCAUUUCAAUGUAUAAUUUGUAGACGAACUUUCUCGCAGAGUUCUUCUGUAACUACCCAUAUGAGAACCCACUCAGGAGAAAAACCUUACAGAUGCGCGAUGUGUACAAAGUCUUUCUCAGAUAGCUCCACCCUGACUAAACAUUUAAGAAUACAUAGUGGGGAAAAACCUUAUCAAUGCAAGCUAUGUCUCCUACGUUUUUCUCAGUCAGGAAAUCUUAAUAGACAUAUGAGGCAAAAACAUAGCCAUUCAGGGCACAUUUCCUCUACCCUUCACACAGGCAUUCCCCCUCCCCUCUCCUAUAAACCAGCCAUGAUAUUAAACUCUUAUAACCACCAAAUCAAAAUUAGCAAUGGCGAUCUUUUUUUGAGUAGAUUCGAAGACAUCUUCAAGGACACUCAGAUCUCGGACAUCGAAAAAGUAGGUUCCUUUACAAGAAGACUACCAGAUGAGGUAUAUAUCAAGCUCAAAUCGAUAUGUUCACUUACCGACUUCAUCAAUCCAUCGAUAUUGAUUGAAAAAUUAAGGUUACACCCGAGGAAAUCUAUAAGUUUCAACUUAUUAUUAUUUAACGCAGCUGUACAAGGUAAAAACGAAAAAGAUGAUACAACCGUGAAACAUGUAGAAAGGCAAAGAGGCAGGAAAACAGAAGAAAAUAAACAAUUGGUGAGAUAUGGAGACCAGGACGAACGACAAAAUUUACUAUCUAAUUACGUUAACAGACAACGAUGGACAACAAGAGGCCAUGACUUUCAAAGAAAUAAUUAUCAAGGAAAUAUAUAUAACCCCAGAUAUCAAGGAAAUAAUCACAACCCUAGAUAUCUAACGCCAAUUAUUACAACAAUGUCAGAGCAAACUAUCCAGGAUCUAAACACUGUAAAUAUAGAAGAGAUAAAAGAAGAUGAUAAUGACAAACUAGAAAGAAAAGAAUAUAAUUUAUACAAUUUAGACAUAAACAAUAUGGAUACCGAUAAUAAUUACACAGCUAACGAUGCAUAUAAGGUUACGGUAAAUUUGAACGACAUGCCUAUUUUGAUGCAGAUUGAUACCGGCUCAAGAUAUAGUAUCCUACCGAUUCAUAUCGCGAAGAUUGGAGUAAAAAUCUUAAAUAAAUCAGAUAUUAAAUUAACUGGAUAUGAUGGAAACACAAUAAAUGUAUUAGGUACUACCAAAGUCAAGGCAAAAUUCGAGGACAAAAGUCAAAUCUUAACUGCUUAUGUAGUCCAGAGUGAUAAGUUUGCACUGUUAGGAAGGACCUGGAUAACAGUUUUUGGGAAUAUACUAGAUAAAUUUGUGAAUAUGGUCGAGGAUGAUUUUGAUAAUACUAUACAAGAAUUAAUUAAGCAAUGCAAUUUUAAACUUAACAAAAAACCAAUGCUUCGCAGCUAUGUCAAAUUACGUUUAAAACACGAUGCCACACCGAAAAUCAUACCGCCAAGGCGUAUACCAUAUUCUAGAAUUGAUUUGAUAACAAAAGAACUACAAAAGUGGAUAAAAGAUAAAGUUAUUGAACCUGUUGAAGAUGUUAGAUGGGAUAGUGCUCUCACUCCCGUUUAUAAGAGCGAUGGCUCACUUCGGCUCUGUGCCGACUUCAAAAAUACUAUCAACCCUGCUUUACAAGAUUUCAAGUACCCUAUAUCACGCAUUAAUGAUUUAAUGGCAAAAUUAUCUAAAGGUAAGAAAUUUACCAAGAUAGAUUUUAAAAAACGCGUUUCUCCAAAUACCUAUACACAAAGAAUCAAGAGAUUCUCUUACAAUAAUAAGGGCUGUUAUAGGUUUAGGAGACUGACGUUUGGUUUAAAAACUUCGUCGGCAAUAUUCCAACAAACUAUGGGUAACAUUUUUGGAGAUUUAAAAGAUGUUAUAUUCUACAUUGACGACUUGUUAAUUACAGUCAUCAAGUAUGGAUUAACCUCCAAUUUCGACAAAAGUUUAUUCCUGCAAGAUAAAAUACGCUUUUUGGGACAUGAUAUAGACAAACAUGUACAUAUCAACGAUGAUAAGAUAAAAGCUAUUUCUAACAUGCCGGAACCGAAGACAAAAGAUGAAUUGACAACUUUUUGGCGGAUGGCGAGCAAUUAUCAAAAAUUAUGUAAUUUUGCGGACAUAGCUGAUCCUUUAUACAAAAAGGUUAAUAAAGACAAAUGGUUAUGGGAUAGUACACAUCAAGAAAGCUUCUCGGACCUAAAAAAACUGAUAAGUACUUCGCCUACGUUAAAUUUUUAUAAUCCGGAUCUACCAAUAGACGUUGCAACUGAUGAUUCAAAGAAAGGUCUAGGCGCAGUCUUAUUUCAUAUUGAAGGUGAUGGCAAAGAGAAACCCAUUGCUUUCGCGUCAAGAGCUUUAUUUAAAUCAGAGUUUAAUUACACUUAUAUAGAGAAGGAAGCUUUAUCUGUUAUAUACUCGAUAAAUAAGUUUCAAGAAUAUUUAAUUGGUACGAGAUUUUCAAUAAUCACAGAUCACAAGCCACUCGUUUAUAUAUUUACGAAGAGACUCAAUGAUAAUUCAUCCAUAUCAAUGCGACUUCAAAAAUGGAGUUUGGCUAUGGGAGCUUAUGACUUUACGAUAAUUCAUAGACCCGGGAAACGAAAUAUAGUACCGGAUUGUUUGUCAAGAUUACCCCAAAUGAACACAGAAAAAAUGGUACAAGAGAUAGAUGAUGAAAUAAUUGAUGACAAAUUUUGGGACUUACCAAUAAAUAUAAAAGAAUAG